AUGAAUUUUUUAACACGUUCUUCACGAUCAAUUCGAAGUGUCACACGAUCAGAUCAUGGUCAUCGUGUUGAUCCACGUGAGGUUGAUCGUUUAGCUAGUGAUUUACAACGUUUAGCAAAAUUUCAACAACAUUCAACAAAACAUUACGGUUUCUUAUAG